AUGACGCAUAAGAUCAGCUUGUUGCCUGGUGGCUGCAAAGGCGAAUGUGAGUCUGAGAUGGCUGCACUGAAAGGACGAGUUGCCCGACUGGAAAAAGAGAUGUCCCUCCUAAAAGAGAAAUGUCCAUGUUCUGCAAAUUGUCAAGAUGACUGUAAUGGCAACGGGGAAUGUGAGAAGGGGAAAUGCAUCUGCCAUCAGGGGUUCAUGGGUCCAGACUGCAGUAAGUGUGCCCAAGGAAACGAGUGUAAUAAAAAAGCUGCCAAAGGCAAGGCCAAGGAAACAGUGGAGAUAGUGACCCUGCAGAAAAAAGAGCAGAAGAAGGAAACUGAAGCCAAAGAGUAUGACAGCAAAGCCAGAGUGGUCACUAAUGCUAAACCAGGUCUUGUUAAAACCCAAGCAAAACAAGACGUUUCUGUCAAGAAAAUAACCAUAAAAGGUUCCUCAAGUGCCAUAAAGACCAGUCGCCCAACAGUUGCUCAAGUUCUCCUGAAACAUGAGGGAAAAAAGCAAGAAGAGGCUCGCAAAGGCAAAACAACAAUACUGGCCUCUAAAAAGGUUGUCCAAAAAACUGACCUCAAGCUUGUUAAAGAAGGAACUGCCAGUAAAAUGUAUCCUAAAUCUGACCAACUGAAAGAUGAGCCUCAUACCAAUGUAACCCAGGGUAAUGUGAAGAAAUCUAAUGGCACAGCUAAAAUUGUGACCAUUCUGUCCAAGGGCAUGGGAACAAACAAAACCAGAACAGGAAAGGAGACAGUGGAGCAAUCCACACUGGCUGAGAAGAAUGUUACUCAAUCAUCUGGACAUAAGCGCAUUAAGACAGUCAAAGGAGAUACUAUAAUUGUGCAAUCUGUUGACAACAGAAACACCGAAGCUGUAAAAGGGAAAGUUACACAGAGGAGUCAGUAUGUAGUGAAUGCAACCAUAACUUCAACAUCAGACGAGGCUCGAGCUCUGCAGAACAAAACAAGUGUCCAUGGCUCUGGGAUGAGCAGGGGGAUGGGUGGAUCCGGAUUAGGUUCUGUGAAGGUUGUGAACAUUUCCUCCUAUAGCUUCACCGUCACAUGGUCAGCACCACAAGGCAUGUUCAAGAAUUUCACUGUGAUCAGAAGAGAGCCAAGAGCAGAGGGAGAUGAAGACGACCACGAGGAGUUUGAAGAGGAAGUUAUUGAAGGAGACAAGAUCCCCGCAGCUAAGAACCCAGCUGAGGUCCUGGUACAGACUGAAAGCACUGACGUAACUGUCUCCUCUGGUAAAGUUGUCGGAUCAAAAGGUAAAGCUGAGACCAAGAGGAUCUCCAUGGUGGUCCCUGGCAGUGUACGUUCUGUGGAAUUCAGUAACCUUCGGGCAAACACGCGCUAUGUCCUGCACAUAUAUGGUGCUGGUGCUCAGAGAAGAUCAAAAAUUCACAGAGUAACUGCAGUUACAGGUCCUGAGCCAGCCACAGAGAUGGUUUUCAGCAAUGUAACAGAGUCCUCUCUCACUGUUUCCUGGUCCAAACCAAAGACCAUAUUCACAGGCUUCAGGGUCACAUAUACCAACAUUGUCACAGGGGAGAGCCGCUUUGUGGUCGCGGACUCUCAGCAGUCUUACAUGGCUGUGUCCAAAUUGUCUGCUGGGUCCUCUUACAUUAUCUCUGUAACUACCACACAUGGCAGAGCCCAGAGUGACGCCCUCGUGUCCAUUAUCACCACAGUUCCCGCCCCUCCAGCACAUCUUCAAGUUGUCAAUGUGACAGACACCAGAGCUCUGCUGCAAUGGACUCCCAGUCUGGGGAAAGUAGACCGCUUCAUCAUCAGCUAUGAGUCCUCCAAGACUCCUAAUGUGACAGUGACAGUGAUGGUGUCUGGGAACUCAGUGGAGCACCAGCUGAGAGGUCUGCAGAGAGGCACCUUGUACACAGUCAAGGUCCUGAGCCAGAAGGACAGUCUCCAGAGUAUGGCCAUCUCAACUACAUUCACUACCGCUAAUGUGGUUAAAGCCAACGAUGUGGGCACUCGCUCUGCGAUGAUAAUGUGGAAAACGUCCACUGUUGUGUAUCACAGCUACAGAAUCAUCUAUCAGGUGGCAGGAGAAGAGACAAAGGAGGUGAUCCUGGACUCAACCAUCACAGAGUAUAAGCUGACAGGGCUGUUACCCAUGUCACGCUAUAUAGUUCUGGUACAAGGAGAAAGAGAUGGACACUACACAUCUGUCGUCACCACAGAAUUCAUCACAGGUAAACUACGAUUCCCUUUCCCUACUGAGUGUUCUCAGGAGCUGCUGAAUGGAGCUCUGCAGUCAGGAGAGGUGGACAUCUACCCACAAGGAAAAGAGGGACAUGCGGUCAGAGUCUACUGUGACAUGGAGACUGAUGGAGGCGGCUGGACGGUGUUCCAGAGGAGGAUGAAUGGAAAGACAGAUUUCUACAGAACCUGGAGUGAAUACAGCGCUGGCUUUGGAAACCUGAGUGAAGAGUUCUGGCUCGGAAAUGAACUUCUUCACAACCUGACCAGUGUCGGCCCUGUGAGUCUGAGAGUGGACAUGCGAUCUGGAAAUGAUACAGCUUACGCUCACUACGCCAACUUCUCCAUCGAUACAGAGGAGAGGCACUAUACUCUUACAGUGUCCGGCUACACAGGAACUGCAGGUGACUCUAUGAAGUACCAUAAUGGGCGCCCAUUCUCAAGCCGGGACAAGGACCCAGAUCCUCUUGGGCUCCACUGUGCCAGGGCCUACAUGGGAGGCUGGUGGUACAAAAAUUGCUACAAGACCAACCUCAAUGGUCUUUAUGGCAUCAACAGUAAUAAUCAGGGAAUAGUCUGGAUCGACUGGAAAGGUAAAGACUCCUCCAUUCCCUUCACUGAGAUGAAGUUCAGACCAUCCAGGUUCUCCCCUGCAACUCAUGGCUAA